UGGCCCCCUGAGGACAGGGUUCAGGCAGAGGCGUCAGGCAGGAGUCCUCAGGGGCUGCCGGUCAACCUCACAGAAGCUGGAGAAAAGAUCAGGGUGGCCCUACAGCAAGUCCCCAACCUUUUUGGCACCUGGGACAGGUUUCAUGGAGGACAAUUAUUCCGAGUUGGGGAGGAAGGUUUUGGGAUGAAACUAUUCCACCUCAGUUCAUCAGGCAUUAGAUUCUCACAAGGAGAGUGCAACCCAGAUCCAAGUGCACAGCUCACAGUAGGGUUCGCGCUCCUAUGGGAAUCUGAUGCCCAGGCUGAUCUGAAAGUAGGUAGAGCUUGGGCCAUCAUGCUCCCUCAAUGCUCCCUCACCUCGUCCUGUGCUGCCCGGUUCCUAACGGGCCACAAGCUGGUACUGGUCCGCGCCUAGGGGUUGGGGACCCCUGCCCUGUAUGAUUGGCCUUGGUAUACCCAGCCCAGGAAACAAAGCCCAGUGACUUCCUAGUUUCUCCACCAGAGAGGCCCAGGCCCUGGACCCCAGAGCAAGCCAGGAGAGGGGGCAGAGGCGACUUAGGCCCAGACAGGCAGCCCAGGCAGCCAGGAUCACGGGUCCUCCCCAUGCUCGCUUCAGGAGUCCUGGAGUUUGUGAUGCUGCCUGCACCUUAGCGAGGCCUGAGCCAUAGUUCUCCAGUUGCUUCCGCCCGUAGCAGUGCAGGGCCAGGAGAGGGGACACAGGAGGCCUUGCGUCACUACUGCAUGGGGCCAAAGGGGGCCCGCGGGUGGCCCAGCACGGGCAGCAUGGCUGCCGCCAGGAAGACCCAGAAUGUGGGAGGGGUCAGGCUCCUGCCUGGACUCCAGGCCUGGUGUCCAUGGGGCUGGCGGGUCAGCACCUCGGGCACAGCGGGGAGGCUGCAUGGGCACCGCAGGCCGCAUCUCUGGGCAGCUGUGGGAGACACACAGCUACUGGGAGGUGGACAGAGGCCAGCAAAGACCAGUGUGGGGCUCAGUGGUCCCCAGGCCUGGGCCGGGGCGAGCCCUUGGAGCCGUGGAGUCCUGAGGGCUGGAGUCGGGGGACUCAGGGAGCAGCCUCUGUCCCUGGUCUUCCCAAGAAGAUUCCAGCCCCUCCUCAGGACAGAAGUGAUGGGGCAUCCUGGGGUGAGGAAGCUCCAGCUCCGGGGCGAAGGGCGCCCGGUGCUCCCAGGCAGAGCAGCCGCAGGAAGAGGGGCCUGGAGACCAUGCUCCCGCGGGCCGCGGAAUCCAACGCGGCCCAGCCGGCGACAGACAUUACUGCCUUUUAGGGGAAGGACCUGCCCGGGGAGCCACCUGCACUCGGCUCACACUCCGCUCCCAGGACCCCCAGGUCCCUGCCCAGGCCACCGUCGGGUGGGCGCGGUCCGCGGGGCUGGACCCGCCCGAGCCGCCCUGACCUCAGGCCUCCGACGCUCCGCGCAAGAAGACAGAGUGCGCCCCGGUCCGCAGUCUGGGCUGUGGACACACGGCCGGGACGCGGACGGCGGGGCCACUGCAGCAGCGCGGGGAGACAGCGGACGCCCAGCCCUGCGGGGAAAGGAAACCGCCCCCCGACUCGGCGCAGACCCCGCCUCACGCAGCAACUGCGCAGGCGCAGCCCAUGGUCCUCCGCGCACUCCCCAGCCUUUGUGCGCGUGCGCCUCACGUGACGUCACCGCCGCGCGGGGGCGCGCAGUCAACCUCUGGCCGCCAGGGGGCGGCCCCCCACCCUCUCCCCGCGCUCUCGCCGCUGGCGGCGCAUGCGUCUGCCUUUGCCUCCAUCCUCCUCGGUCUGCAGGUUGUGCUUCCGGUGGGGAGGUCAGGGACAAGAUGGUGCCGCCGGUGGAAGUCUCUCCGCUUAUCAAGAUUACCUAAAACCUCGGGCAGAAGAGGAGAGGAGGAUAGCAGCAGAGGAGAAGAAGAAGCAGGAUGAACUGAAACGGAUUGCCAGAGAAUUGGCAGAAGG